AUGAUUAGAACGUUUGUUCCUGGACGUGCAAGAGCAUCAGCUCGCUUGCUUUCCCAUGCCAAAGCCCCCUCUCGCACAUUUUCGUUGUUACACAGGGUUCCAGUAAAAUCUACGAUUACUAGAACAUCCUUAAGCACUGAACAAUUUAGAUUUUACUCUGAUAAACCUCAACCUAAGUUGACUGUCGAGAACUAUCCAAAUGUGAAGAGACUAGAAUCUUUCAAGAAACUAGGCAAGGAGGAUUUGGAUUAUUUCAAGACCAUUCUAAGCGAACAGGAAAUAUUAGAGGCCAAUGCUGAAGAAGACUUGGCCUUCUACAAUGAAGAUUGGAUGAGAAAGUAUCGCGGCCAAUCCAAGUUAGUUUUGAGACCUAAGACAACCCAGCAAGUAUCCCAAAUUUUAAAGUACUGUAACGAACAGCAUCUUGCGGUCGUACCACAAGGUGGUAACACUGGUCUUGUUGGUGGAUCUGUUCCUGUCUUUGAUGAAAUCGUGUUAAGUUUAACGCAAUUAAACAAGAUCAGAGAGUUCGAUGAAGUUUCUGGUAUUCUAAAAUGUGAUGCCGGUGUCAUCUUAGAAGCGGCAGACACAUUUUUAGCGGAACAUGGGUAUAUUUUCCCAUUGGAUUUAGGUGCCAAGGGCUCUUGCCACGUCGGUGGUGUUGUCGCAACUAACGCUGGUGGUCUCAGACUAUUGCGCUACGGUUCUUUACAUGGAACGGUUUUGGGCCUUGAAGUUGUCUUGCCCAACGGUGAAAUUGUAAACAGUAUGCAAGCUUUAAGAAAAGACAACACUGGUUAUGAUUUGAAGCAACUAUUUAUUGGUUCAGAGGGAACAAUUGGUGUUAUCACCGGUGUUUCCAUUCUCUGUCCACCCAGACCAAACGCCUUCAACGUCUCAUUCCUUGGUGUCGAGAGUUACGAGGCCGUUCAGAAAGUGUUUGUUCAAGCAAAGAAGGAACUAGGUGAGAUUUUAUCCGCAUUUGAGUUUAUGGACCUCAAGUCCCAAAACCUAACAAAGAUUCAUUUGGCAGACAUGGAACAUCCUUUGUCCGAUGACCACCCAUUCUAUAUCUUAAUUGAAACCUCUGGUUCUAACAAGGACCAUGAUGAUGCAAAGCUAGAGAGUUUCCUUGAAUCCGCUAUGGAAGAAGGCCUAGUGCUUGACGGUGUUGUUGCACAAGAUGAAACAGAACUAAAAAAUCUAUGGCAAUGGAGAGAAAUGGUACCAGAAUCCUCUCAAGCAGCAGGUGGUGUCUACAAAUACGACGUUUCAUUACCUUUGAAAGAUUUGUAUUCUCUAGUAGAUGCUGCUAAUGCAAGAUUGGAGGAACAUGGUUUAUCCAGCACAGAAGAUGAGUCCAAGCCUGUCAUUUCCGCUGUCGGAUACGGCCACGUAGGUGACGGUAACUUACAUCUAAAUGUUGCUGUGAGAAGAUACACAAAAGAAGUGGAAAAGUGCCUCGAACCAUUUGUAUAUGAAUUCGUCGCCUCCAAGAAUGGUUCUAUUAGUGCUGAACAUGGUCUUGGUUUCCAGAAGAAGAACUACAUUGGAUAUUCUAAAUCAGACCAAGAAAUAAAAAUGAUUAAGCAAUUGAAACAAUUGUACGAUCCAAACGCUAUCCUAAACCCAUACAAGUAUGUUUGA